CUACAGGAAGUGCUGCUGAAGCGAGCCGCUGACCUGGUGGAGGCGCUCUACGGCAUGCCGCACAACAAUCAGGAGAUUAUCCUGAAGCGAGCGGCGGACAUCGCUGAGGCUCUCUACAGCGUUCCCAGGAACCACAACCAGAUCCCGUCGCUAGCGAACUCCACCUCCCACGGCAUGAUGGGAGUCAACUCCUUUGGCGGCCAGCUGGCCGUCAACGUCUCCGAGACGGGUCAAGUGGGCUACAACCGGAACACCAGCAGCGUGUCGCCGCGGGGAUACGUCCCAAGCUCCACCCCCCAGCAGAGUAACUAUGGCAACACCGUCAGCAGCAGCAUGAAUGGCUACGGAAACACCAGCAUGCCGAACCUCGGAGUGGCGACGUCUCCGGGUUUCCUGAACGGAUCGUCAGCCAACUCGCCCUAUGGCAUUGUCCCGUCCAGUCCCAGUAUGGCCGUGUCCAACUGCAACUCGUCUCACGGAGUCUUCUCCUUCUCGGCCGCCGUCAAACAGAAGAGCGCCUUCGCUCCGGUGGUGCGGCCUUCAGCUUCGCCUCCGCCUCCGCCCAACUGCUCAGGCGGGAACGCCAACGGACUGCAAGCCAUGUCUGGACUCGUCGUUCCUCCGAUGUAGAUCUUUCCUCACCGCCCUCCUCACCCUCAGCCUCGAGCAGCAAUCACCUCAGAGGGGGAGGGGCCAGUGGUCCCUGGAGGCGGAGCAUCAGGCAGCUGCUGACCAAUCAAAGAGCUGAUCCUGUUCUGAUUGGACAAAGCCCAUGAAAAAGACUUUUAGUGCAGCAUUUUUCUGCAGGUGCUUCAACCUUCUGUUCUGCUCUGAUGUCUAGUCUGUUAAUGUACGCCUGUGAUGUCACACCUGGGAUGUGACAUCACUUCCUGUACCUGGGUGGGCUUGGUACUUAUUUUUUUAAAUGACAGAUUAAAGGUAAAGCCCGCUGGGUUUAUCUGAUAUUAGCAGGUGUUAGCUGUGUGAUGCUGAAAGUGGGUGGAGCUAAUAAUAUUCAGAGACCUCAUCUGGACUCAGCGGGUCCAUCCUGGUUCUGAUCAUCUUAUUUAAAACCUUUCAUUUUUAUUUAAAUAGAGUUGUGCUAAAGCACAGUUAUAAAAAAGCCCUCUGAUAGUGUUAACUCUGCCCAAUGCCUGCUUUUUGAUGGCUACACUGUAAAAACUAACCCUGCAUAUUACCCUGAAUAGCCACUGCAGCCCCUUUCACACUGGGUUCUGUGAUUUUUGCUGAGUACUCCUUUGUGACUGCUGUGGUUGAUGACACGCCCCUCCGACACCAUGGCAACAUGUUUUUGUAUCAUAUCAAGAUCUAGAUAUUUAUAUCAAAUUGUUUUUAGUAUCGAUGGAUGUUUGUCAUGUCGUCGUGUUGCUGCCACACCAACAGCCCUGGUUUUAUAUCACGUGUUUAUAGAGCUGCACCUGUUUGUUUUUAAUGUGAACCAUGUUGUAAUUUCUCCACAGUGAAUAAAGUCAGCAGGUCGCUCUGACAGA